AUGCAAAAAGACGUACCAGGGAAUCCUCGCUCUCCUUUUUCUCCAGGGGGUCCAGUCAAACCUUGGCUUCCCUUUACCGAAAUACCCAUCUCUCCUUUGUCUCCUUUGGCAGCAGGUAAACCAGGGAAACCUCUGGGACCGUCUCGACCAGCUUCUCCGGGGAAUCCCAUGGGACCAGUGUCUCCUUUGUCGCCUCUGGGACCGGGCAAACCUCUGGGACCAGUGGGUCCAGGUGAACCGAUCGGACCUGGUGGACCAGGAGGUCCUGAGAACCCUUGCAAACCUUUGUCUCCAGGCAGUCCAUCUCGUCCAGGCGGUCCAAGCUCUCCUUUUUCACCAGGAGGACCUCUGUCACCCUUAACUCCUUCCUCGAGGUUUAUCGGAGCACACUCGCCAGGCUCUCCUUUGGUAGUGAAUGAUUACCGACCUUUGAGUCCAGGGAACCCUUCGAAUCCUUGUCUGCCUUUUUCUCCAGUCAUUCCUAUUGGUCCAGGCGGCCCAGGUCUUCCAGGUUCGCCCCUUAACCCCUUGUCACCCUUCUCCAGCUUCAACAUAUUCUCAGGGUUCCAGGUUCUCCCUGAGGACCAGGACUUCCGGGAAUUCCGUCUUUACCGGAGGGUCCUGGCGGCCCAAUCGGUCCAGGCAACCCAUCAAAUCCAGCUUCUCCAGGGAAACCUCUCUCUCCAGGCGGACCUCUGGCUCCAGGCUGUCCUGGCGCUCCGUCGUUUCCUCUGUCUCCCUUUUCUCCUCUCAAUCCUGGCAAACAGUCCUGACAUCUUCCACCAAUGUCUCCUUUUUCUCCGCGCUCACCGGCAAUUCCAGGCACUCCGUCUCUUCCAGAAGCUCCAGGCUCUCCUGGCAUUCCAGGAGCUCCAGGCGACCCAGGAAUUCCAUCCAAAGAAUCUCCAGGACGUCCACGAACUCCAGCGUAUCCUCGCUCUCCCUUUUGGCCUUUUUCUCCAAAAUCCUUUGUCUCCUUGGGGUCCUCGUGGCCCAGCAGGUCCUGGAGGACCAUCGAAACCUCUCGGUCCAACUUCUCCGGGGAAUCCAGUCAAUCCAGGCUCACCCUUGCCUCCUUUUUCUCCCGGCAAACCUUCUGGUCCUGGAGUUCCAGGCUGGCCAGGUCCUCCGGGGAAUCCAAUUGGUCCUCUGGGACCAGGAUCACCAGGAAAACCAUCAGAUCCUCUUGGACCAAUUGGUCCUGGGAAUCCUCUGGGUCCUUUUUCUCCUGGAGGUCCAGGAGCACCAGGAAGACCUUUUUCUCCUUUGCCACCUGGAGCUCCAGGGAAACCAGCGUCUCCCAUAAAUCCUGGCUCUCCUUUAGGGCCAUCGAGUCCUACAUCUCCCUAA